CUCCAAACUCCAAAGUCCAAACUUUAAAAAGUGCCAAAUUUUGAAAAGUUAUCUUCAGGGGGAUUGGUCCACAUGUUUCUGUACAAAUCCGACCGUUGUGAGUCCUCGUUCAUUUCAUUUUCAAAUUUCGAGCACAACUGCAUCGCUCUCUCGUCUCGCCUCUCUCUCUCUCUCUCUCUCUCUCUCUCAUUGUUCCCCCUUGCUCUAAACGCCCUUCUCUCUUCAUGGCGAUUGCUGCAGAUACCCAGCCAGAAGAAAAGGCACCUUCAGAGGUUUCAUCGGGGGAGAAAAGGAGGUGGAUUCUCAAUGAUUUUGACAUUGGGAAGCCUCUUGGACGUGGGAAGUUCGGCCAUGUCUAUUUGGCAAGGGAAAAGAGGAGUAAUCACAUUGUGGCAUUAAAAGUGCUUUUCAAGAGCCAGUUGAAACAGUCGCAGGUUGAGCACCAGCUUCGUAGGGAAGUUGAAAUACAAAGUCAUCUUCGACACCCCAAUAUUUUACGCCUCUAUGGAUACUUCUACGAUCAAAAACGAGUGUAUUUGAUAUUAGAAUAUGCAGCCAAAGGUGAACUCUAUAAAGAACUACAGAAGAGCAAAUACUUCAGCGAGAGACGUGCUGCUACAUAUGUUGCAUCAAUAGCUCGGGCUCUUAUAUAUUGCCAUGGUAUGCAUGUAAUACACAGAGAUAUUAAACCGGAGAACCUUUUGAUUGGUGCACAGGGGGAACUUAAGAUUGCAGAUUUUGGGUGGUCAGUGCAUACAUUUAACCGUAGGCGGACCAUGUGUGGCACGCUGGAUUACCUUCCACCAGAGAUGGUUGAGAGUGUGGAGCAUGAUGCAAAUGUGGAUAUUUGGAGUCUCGGUGUCCUGUGCUAUGAGUUUCUUUAUGGGGUUCCUCCUUUUGAGGCAAAGGAACACUCAGACACAUACAGAAGGAUUGUACAAGUGGAUUUGAAAUUCCCUCCCAAACCAGUAGUCUCUUCUACUGCAAAGGACCUUAUUAGUCAGAUGCUCAUAAAGGAUUCUUCGCACCGCCUACCUCUACACAAGCUUCUUGAGCACCCAUGGAUUAUUCAAAAUGCAGAUCCUUCUGGAGCCUAUAGAGGUUAAUUUUCCUGGAGGAUGUUGAUAACAUUCUUGAUCACAGGUUGCUGGAGCAUGUGUGCUUUGGUGAUUCUGAUCAAUUAGUAACGAAAAUGAUUCUCCUCAAGGAAGGAGUCUUGUGAAAACGUUUGUGCAAGGCAGGUCUGAUAUCUCUGUGCAAGAUCACUGUUCUAGUUUGUAGAAUUAAAAACAUUUCUCGAAGGUUAUUUUGUGUGCCAUAUCUGUUGUAAUUUAUCGAUUCUUCCUUUACUGGUUUUUUGGCCCCAAGGAAUAACACAAUGUCCUCCUUUUUUUUACCUAAUAUUUUGCUUAUUUCCA